CACGGCAUCAGACGACCGAACAGACUGAGAAAAUGGCAUGAGAAAAGGGGGCAGAUGUACCCCUUUGCCCCCGUUUGGAUGUGCCUAGUUCAAUUUCGUUAGCUAGGUAGCGGUUUUGAUGUAUUCGUUGAGACUAACGUUAAUUUACAGCUAGCUUGGCAUCUAGACUUAAGUCCUCCUAUACAAAUCCUAAAAGUCGCCAAGGGAAAUAUGGCAAACGUGAAAGUCGCGAUUCGAGUUCGACCACUGAAUGCAAGGGAGAGCCAAGAUGGCGGCCGGCUAGCCCUGCAGGUGGAGGACAAGGUGGUGAGGGUGAGGAACAUGAAGCUGGACGGACGUCUGGACAGCCCGGCGGAUUCCAGAGAGAGGCUGAUGGAGUUUGGGUUCGAUUACUGCUACUGGUCCGUGGACCCAGAGGCUUCACACUACGCUUCCCAGGAGGAGGUGUUCCAGGACCUGGGUGUUUCGGUUCUGGCGGGGGCGUCGGAGGGGUACAACGUGUGCCUGUUCGCGUACGGACAGACCGGUUCGGGGAAGACCUACACCAUGAUCGGCACGCCGGCCUCUAUUGGCCUGACCCCAAGAAUCUGCCAGGGCCUGUUCAGGACGGAGGACAGCAGUGCUGAGGGCCGGAGCUCCUGCAGGGUGGAGAUCAGUUUUUUGGAGAUCUAUAACGAGCGUGUGAGGGACCUGCUGAGGAGCUCGGAGGAGAAGAACCCGUCUCCGCUGCGGGUUCGAGAGCACCCUGAGAAGGGGCCCUACGUGCAGGGCCUGUCCCAGCACGUGGUGUCGGACUACGAGCAGGCGGUGCGCCUCCUGGAGGAGGGCAUCUCCAAACGCAUCACGGCCGCCACGCACAUCCACGACGCCAGCAGCCGAUCGCACGCCAUCUUCAGCAUCCAGUACACACAGGCUAUUCUAGAGAACAACCUCCCGUCCGAAAUUGUCAGUAAGAUCAACCUGGUGGACCUGGCUGGCAGUGAGAGGGCGGAUCCUAACUACUGCCGGGACAGGAUCACGGAGGGCUCCAACAUCAACAAGUCCCUGGUGACCCUGGGCAUCGUCAUCUCCGCUCUGGCCCAGAACUCCCAGAUGUUCAGCAGCUGCCAGAGCAUCAACAGCGUGGCGAGCGAGGGGGAGGGCAGCACGGCGGGCAGCCAGUCCAGCUCCCUCUCCGGGGGUGGGCGCCGACACUGCUUCAUCCCCUACCGGGACUCCGUGCUCACCUGGCUGCUGAAGGACAGCCUGGGGGGCAACUCCAGGACCAUGAUGAUCGCUACCGUCUCCCCCUCCUGCAGCAGCUACAACGAGACGCUCAGCACGCUACGCUACGCGGCGCACGCCCGGAACAUCAUCAACAAGCCGCGCGUCAACGAGGACGCCAGCGUCAGGCUGAUCAGGGAGCUGCGCGAGGAGAUCGACCGGCUCAAGAGCAUGCUGAUGAGCUACGAGAUGCGGAACCCGAGUCCAUCUCUGAGCGAGGAGCGGGACGGGAGCAUCUCUGACCUCGUCCUGCAGAACGAGCUGAAGGUGGAGCAGCUGACUAAGGACUGGUCGGACCGCUGGCGGGACCAGAAGGAGGUUCUGGAGCAGUACAGCGUGGACAUCAACCGCGACCGGGCCGGCUUUCUCAUCCGCUCGCUCCUGCCCCACCUCAUCGCCCUGGACCGGGACGUCCUGAGCACUGGGGUCACCUUCUACCACCUCCGGGAAGGGGUGACCGUGAUCGGACCGCAUGACCAGUCCCAAAUAGUCCUGCAGGGGGAGUCGAGCUGUGAGAUUGUGAACCAGCAGGGAACGGUGACCCUGAGACCCGUGCCUGGAAGUGUCUGCCUGGUCAACGAGCGGGAGGUGACUGAACCCUGCCGACUGGCUCAAGGGGCGGUGAUUACGCUGGGAGGGGUGCACAAGUUUCGCUUUAACCACCCGGCUGAGGCGGCCAUCUUGAGAGAGCGGAGAAGGGCGAGUGAAGGUGUCCUAAUCUGCUGCCCCAGUGACCUGAGUCCCCUUGCCUCCAAUGUCAGGCCGGAGGGGGCGGGGGGCUGGGAGCAGGACGCGGGUGGAGGGGGGGCAGAGGCACACCCCCCCAGGCAGCGGCUGCAGGAGCAGCAGCGCUACGUGGAGUGUCUGAGGGAGGAGAUCCGGGCGGAGCAGCGGCGAGCGGAGAAGGACCUGGAGAGUGAGCAGGCGCACCUGAGACAGCAGGAGCGCGAGAUCCAGCAGUGGAUAUUGCGGGAAAAGCAGCGUCUGGCGGAAGUGACGGGGAAGCAAGAAGAGCUCGGGGUGCAGACAGAGCCCGUGUCCUCGGCCCGCCCGGAGGGCGCGGUCUCGGAGGCCAUGGACGGCGGGAGCGCUCCUCCCGCCGCGACGCCGUUGUCGGCGACGAUCGGCGACAGGAAGCGGGUGGUGCAGGAGGAGCUGCUGCGGCACCACGCCUUGCGCCGGGCCGAGGGCCGGGUGCGCCGAAAACGGCUGCACUACCAGCUGGAGCGGGUCGCCCAGAAGCGCCACCUGCUGGAGGCUAAGCGCGAGCUUCAGCGGCUGGAGAACUCCCUCCCGUCCGGGCAGGAGAGCCCCGCGUCGCCCGAGCCGGGCUCCCCGGGGAAGGCGAGAGGGCCCCCGCGCGUCCUCCGCCGGCACUCCUUCUCGGCGGACAUCUUGUCCCGCCUGUACCCUCAGCACGCCCCCAGCUUCAGGCAGUGGAAGCUGGCGGGCUGGACAGAGAACAAGCAGGAAGGAGACGGUUCCUCAGACUGCGACAGCUCGUACUCCCUGGACUCCCUCUCUUCCGCCUAUGCCACGGCCCUGGCCGAGCAGCUGAAGCAAGAGGACCGUGAAAUGAGCGAAUGCGAUGAGGUAGAGAGCGAGGCGGAGAGCGUGGACAGCAAGAUGUCCCAAGAUUCACUGGCGAUGGAGAGCAGCCAGAAGAACACCACCCAUGCUUCCGAACCCAAAAUGGAAAAAAUAUCUGAACCCCAGUUUGAAGAUUCUGAUUUUGGUAUUAAGGUGGAACAAAACCCAAAAUCUGACACAUCAAGUACAUUUUCCUCCUCUAAUUCAAAGCAUGAAGAAAAAGUCGCAAAGAGCAUUGUGGAGCCAACAGUAAAUUGUAAGAAUUUGCUCCAAAGUAAUUCAGAAGGUUAUUUGUGUUCAACUAAUGACUUUUUAGUUGGAUAUAGGGCAUUUAAUGAAUACAAGCUCAUGACUGAAAUUCCUGAGAAGUCCACUACUAAUGUCACACCAGAUGGUGUCCACAAUGACAGCAAUGUGUGUGAAUCUGAUGUAGUUGCUUGUUUUCAGCAGCCAGAACUUAAAACGAAUAGUUCUGAAAAACAUAUAGAGCAGACUGGGAAGAUUAGAUCACCCUCCAAUCAAUCCUCCCCUGAGCAGCAGUCUGACUCUUUAUUGCAACAUUUGAGCAACAGUCAGACAAGCAUGAUUAAAAGUGCUUCUCCCAUUUAUAGUAUAACCAAGAAUUUCAGUCAACCCCCUCCAACAGAAAACCAUUUGGAAACUGUUGAGGAUCACGUUGAAAAAGGGUCAAGCACCCAAUAUAGUGGAAAUUGCACUUCCUCAUACCAAAUCCAAACCAAAGACUCAGAAGAGAUAACGCAUGACAUCCAAGAAGCGAAAAGACAGAGAGAAUCAUCCUGCCCAAGCUAUGCACAAAUUGAAAGCACGGAAAUCAUAAAGAGGAGUUUACUCGAAGGAGCUAAUGAAACAGCAGUGACUAAGACCACUUGCCUUGUAAAUGUAGAACUUGAAGUUAAAAACCGUGGUUCCUCCUUUUCAUCUCAUUCACCAUCUCAAUUUAAACAUGAUGGCCUCUAUUCAAAGGCAGAGUCAAGAGUUACUGGUUUUGGAGAUGAAGAGAUAUUUCAGUCUGAAUGCACAGGUCACCAACAGUGUAGCAACAGCAGUAAUGUUGAUCGCCAAAGGGGGAAGCAAAAGCGGUUUAGAAGGGCAAAUCCAAGGGCACCCUCCACUUCAUCAACCGAGUCAAUGCUGGACUCAUCCCCAGAAGAAAAGGUUAUGCCUAGAGUGUAUCCUGGCAGGAUACAAAGUAGGCCUGAAACUCAUACACGCUUCAAGCAAGAUGUGCUAGCUAGCAGCUCUAGGGAAUGCAGUGGUUUCACCAAAGGCCAAAGUGUAACAUCUUUAGUCACCAAAACUGUUGGUGAACUUGAUGAUAAACCCAGAAAUGGGGGCAACAGGUGCCAGAGGCAACCUCACUCCAACACGAGACCACUAAAAAGUCACAUAGUGCCUCACACAGAAAAAAAGUUAAUUCCCCACAGUGAAAAUGCAAAGAGCUUGAAAGAGGGCUCCCAUGAAACAACAAAAUCCUGCCAUAAGCAGCUUGAGCAAAGUGUUACUAAGCAAGAGAAAGUCCAGCAACAAGAGAGUCAGACAUUGCCUAAAAAAGAUGCGGCGAUGCACUUUGCUUCCAGUGAUAUCAACCCCUUUGUCCAUUCUUGGCAAGAAACGGGGGCAGCAAGCAAAGGAGCGUCGAAAAACCAGGUUUUUGGAAGCGCCACUGACAUCUUCUGCAAACAAACUUUGCUGGAUGAUCGUAAGAGCCUUGUCACCAGGUGUCACAGUGUCGAUAAUGGGUUAAACAAUCAAAACUCCCCCUUUUGUUCUCAUCUGAGUACGUAUGCUAACAAAAAAGAACUCUCCAGCAGCUUCGAGGAUUUCAAGGAACAGGACUCCUUAGAGUGCCAGCGGAAAUUGUGCCACUAUAUGUCUUACCCUGACAGUGCACAGAACCCGAGAACGUGUGAUUCUUACAGGAACGUUGCCUCCGGAGAUCUGGGCCACAGCGGUCAAGUGGAUGAAAUUAUGUUGGUUUACUCCUCUGAGCAGGAGUCAGUAGUUAGUCCACUCAAAGACCAGUCCAUGUUGGCCUGUGACCGUAGCACACAGACGUUGAUGGUGGAUGGCAGGCAGAAGAAGAAGAACCGUCACAAGCGGAGCAGUACCCAGGUACCAAUGACCAGGAUGGAUACCAAUGGGACCGGACCACCUACCACGUGGGCAAGCCUUCAGAAUAUGUCCCUUCAGCUCUCUGAGCUCAUCCACAACACUUCUGAUCUUCUGGGGAAUAUCCAGUGCAUCAGAGCCAAAGAAUCCCUUCCCAGAACUGACUGGCAAAGUGAUGUUGUGGCACAUUCCCAUGCCAUUGGAUCUGGGAAGAGAGAUUGUUCAACCCAAACAGCUGUGGAUAUUGGGAUCCAAACCGAAGGGUUUCCGGUGCUUGGUGGUUACAGGGAAGUCCUCAACAAGCAAAUAAUUGAGAAGGCCAACCCCCAUGAAGUCAAUGUGAUUGUGAAAGUAAUUGGUUCGGACGUGCUCAGUGUGUCACAAGAUCAGAAGGAUGUCACUCUUAAUGUGCAGGACAGAGCGAAGGAUGGAAGAACGGCUGAAAAGAUGCAGAGUAUGCCCGAUCUCUGGCACGACAACUCUGGUGCAGCCGACUGGACUCACCGCUCGAUGGAGGCUGCUCCCCUGAAAGCUCAGGCAUCCACACCUUCCUUAGUGACAAAUAUGCAGGAUUACAGAUGCUCUAAUCCUGACAGUCCUCUCGACCUCCCUCACAAGUACAUACCUGAACAGGUGUUCUCUAGCAAUAUUGGAAUCUCCAGGGUGAGCAGCAGUUCUUCAAACACAGCCAACCAGGGAAACCAGACCUCUUCGAGGGACGAUUCUUUAAGUCCCCAUGCCCGUCCGAAAAUGUGUCCCAAACAAGUUUGUUUCACUGACCGUGCUUCCUCGCCUAUACUCACAGUAGAGCCUGCUACAGGUGCCCAGUUAGGAAGGAGCAAAUCCACUCAGUGCCUUGUUGACCAUCAAAGGGUUGAGAUGAAAGAAUCAGUUUUGGAGAAACAUAAGGUCCAGUCUGCCUCUUUGAGAAGGUUGGACGACCAACCAGAGCUGGGAUUUCUAUCUAAGCGUACAAACAGGGAAGAACGGGGCUCACAAACUUUUGAUCAGUCUGGAAAGCCAAGUAGCCUAAUCUCAAACAGGUCCGUUGGUCAUAUCACCCCUCAAAAUGUGAGUGAUUUCAGUGAACCCGUCCAGAGAUACUCUAUGAAUCUGAUCACUUACAAAGGCAAUGAAGAUCCAAAGGUCUCAAGAACAGUUACAGAUGGAGCUAAGCAGCAAACUCUGAAUAAAAUCCCAGUUUCUAAACCUUCACGUGACCUGUCACCUAAACAGAGUCCUAGAUGGGCCACCCUAUCUCCAUAUUUGAGUGAUGGGACCCCUUUGCAGAGUCAAGUUUCCUUCGUAAGGUCUAGAAAACAAGAUGAGUGUGCACUUCUUAAUUGCAGACAGGAGUCUUCAAGUGAGAAGACGUCUCAACUGUUAGCCCCCUUUGACAAGCAGCUAAGUGCUUCUACUCUGGACACCUACCGUAGAACAUUUGGAGUUGGAGAGUGCUGGAGUGGACCUUCUGAACCUUCCAAUAUCAGUGAGGACACUGUCCAGCUCCAGGAAGAUGAUGAUGCCGUGUCAUUAGCACCAAGUGAAUGCAACACAGACGUCCUCAUCAACAUUAACCCCCUGAAUAUCAAUCAGAAGGUACACCAGAGGGUCCCGGAAGAUCUGCCAAUGCACAACAAGUUCACCAACUGGUCAGGUGUCAGCUAUCAGCCUACUUCAAUCGCAAGCAGCAGCGUGGUUCAGUCGGCCUCAAAGCGAAGCGAGAGGGUGAAAAACAAAAGCAGUUGUGAAAGCCCAGGCACCUCAGAAAGCCAGCAAUCGGGUUUGGAGGCGAUGACGCCAAGAAGCAGAAGGGCAAAGGAGAUUGAGAUGCUACGUAAGGAGCGGGAGCAAGUGAUGGCUAAUGUCCGGCUGGACAUGAACUCGCACCAACUAACUGUGGAAAUGACUGAGGCCAAGCUACAUUAUGGCCUUGGAGAGACCGAUGCACUGCUGAAGAUGCUGCAGACGAGCUCCAAAGAGGAGCCCUCCAGUGUACCUACAAAACAGCAGCUAUAUGACAGACAUAGGAGGAGCAUUGACGGUUUACGUCAGGAGAGGGAGGCGCGCCUCCAAACUUGCCGACGGGCACGCAGCCUCAGCCCCGGCCCCAGCAAGAACUCCCCCUCCCCGGACCAGGGAGCAGAACCGCCCACCAGGACUGAAUCACCCAGCCGGCGCAGGGAGUACCUGCAGCAACUCCGCCAGGAGGUGGUGGAGAGCACCAGAAUUCCGGAACCCCCGAAGCAGUCAGGCCAGUGCCCCUCUGAGAUCGAGCUGAUGCUGCGGGACUACGGCCGUGCCCGCGAGGAGGCCAGGACGGAGAUCGCACGCGCCCGGGACAGGCUCAGAGAGCGGACCGAGCAGGAGAAGAGACGGCUACAGCAGCAGGCCCUGUCUCGAGCUGUGAAGGAUGACUUGCGUUUACGGACUCGUGUCAGUAGCAGCACCCUCUGCACUGGGUCAAGCCUCAGCCUGUCUUCAGGGCCUACUUCUGGAUACAACAGCAGCAACACUGUCCUUCUGAAAGAAGGUGUUGGUGUCAAUUCUGCACAGACUCUGCAGGUCCCUGGGUGGCCUGAAGAUGGGAGUUUGAAUAUCAGAGGUCGUCCUCCCAUGCGAGCCUCGCAGAAUUUUGACACUCGCCGUCCCUGGCUGUCUGUCCAGGAUGUACGUUUGGAGGUCCCGGUCUUUGGGAGUGACUCCCAGUUGUCGUCCCCGUAUGGACACCACGACACCCCGUCUCCCAGGAUAGCUUCCUCCAUAGCCACCUCCUACCAGGACAUCGCCAAAUACACUCAUGACCGCGCCAUCGCAGAGGUGCGCUCAGCUGCAGCAGGAGACCUGGGGAACCUCCUAGAGGGGAGGGCAGCCGGUGGAUGGAGGUACCAGGGAACAGAACGAGGCGUACAGGCCUUCUACAAGCCUUCCUCCUGCCCCACCGUGCAUGGCUUUCUUGGGGCUACGGAGCUGGAAAGGCCCCUGCCCAGCCUGUGGUGCAUGGUCCGGGACCACUCCAAGGCCCACCUGUACAACGAGUCGGUCCGUUCUGCCUGGACCCGCCCGCUGGAUGACAGCACACAGUUUGUGUACCUGCUGACUGACACCUCUGUCUGCCAUCUUAGCCAGCCAAGAGACUUCUGCUGCAUCAGCACAGAGUCCAAGCAGCAGGAUGAAUGGGUCCUGGCCAUGCGCUCUGUGUUUGAGGAAUCUCUCCCCCGCCCCACAGUCGAUGCCGUCCGGGGGGAGCUGCUCCCCAGUGCCUGGGUCCUGCAGCCGACCCUCCACCAUGGUCGAGAGGUCGUCAGGGUCGUAUACCUGCUGCAGGUGGACUUGGGGACCCCGGCACUCCCGCAAAGACUCUUGAACGUGGUAGCUAGGAAACAAGCAGCAGUCAUCGCUGAGCUGGACACGUUCCUAUCGCUCUGAGAAUAUUGGGCUGACGCGUCCAAAUGAGCACUUAAGCUAAGCCUUAAAAGGUGCUGUAGCUUCACUAAUAUUUGCACCUUACUACAUUUUCUUUGCUUUUUGUAUCCGUCAUGAGUUGAUAUGAAAAUGAGAGCACUGUUGACAUUGUUGUUAUUGUAAUGCAGAAUAUCAAGCAGCUUAUUAUUUUAAUGUUUUGUAUUGUAAAUAUGCAGUCAUUUUGUUGUUCUUUUUUUGUUUUUUUUUUGUUUUUGUUUGUGUGUUUUUUACUGAGAAGUUAAAUCCCAAAGAGAAGUGUAGCAGCUGAUUGAUUUUUAUUUUUUUAUAAUAUCUUGCCAAGUUUGAUCAAAACCGGCAGGAGGUUUCGCGCCUCCGUCAUGCUUGGUGACACUAUCUCUACUGCUCAUCGUUAAUGCUGAACGGAGAGCAGGGGUCUGAUUCCGAUGAGUUAACUCUGAACGGAGAGCAGGGGUCUGAUUCCGAUGAGUUAACUCUGAACGGAGAGCAGAGGUCUGAUUCUGAUGAGUUUAACGAAUGUAGGGUCAGGGGACCGCACACGAUACUCCUCUGCACAGCAGUAUUUCUGUUGAAUAUGUAGUGCGGUUCAGUCCAAUCUGGCUCAGUAGCUAGUUAAACUGUCUGUCGGAGCAGUCCAGUCCAAUAGCAGUGUUCUUAGGCCUUUCCUAUUGUUUAAAGCUUGAAGCUGGCCUUCACUGCAUACCGGCACAUAGUGUGUGUGUGUUUGUGUUUGUGUGUGUGUGUGUGUGUGUGUGUGUGUGUUUGCAUGUACGGGUAAAUGUCUUAUUAAGCUAUUCUCUUUCCACUGACCUAAGAGCAUUUUUGCAGUGCUCAAUAAUCAGAACCGAUUAAGGUGCUUUCACUUGUGUAGUAUCAGUGCACUGCUUGCUAUUUCCUCUAAUUUUGUCAAUGCACGGCCAUGGAGGUCUUCUCAGUGGAUUGCAUAGGUUUGCCACAGGUAAUACUGGGGAACACUUAAUAGUGUACUUCUUUUUUUUAUUUUUUAUGUUUUUGUUGCUCAUUUACAGUAAGAUGUGAACUAAGCCAAAGAUGAUCUCACAAUCAAAUGAGGAUCUGAAGUGUAUACUGCAAUAUGGGCAGCUAACUAAAUUCUAGGGGGGGGGUGUGAGAAAUAAGAUUAACUGAAAUUAAAUGAUGUUUUGUCUCUCACGAUGCACAAGAAGGACCACUUUGACAUGGGAGUACAGAAAUCUAUAUGCCAUCGCACUGUACAGAAACAGGGUAUAUAGAUAUCGGUACAGCCUGAAAAUAUGGAGACCAGCUUUGACCACUAGUUCAUCCCAACUUCCCAAGCAUUACUUUUGGUGCCUGUGUCCCAUUCCGCCUUUGCACAGUUAUUAUAUUUCUGGGUUUGUCCCCAGAUAUGAUAACAUUUUUCCCUGUGUACAUUCCAGAGUAGAACACCAGACAGAAUCACGGAUUUGGCUUGGUUUGGUUGCUCAGGGUUUCCUUUCCUGUAGCACUGAGUUUGAACCCAAAUGAAGGAAUUAUUUCCCCCUUCCCCCACUGUCAGAGAUGGAAACUAAUAUUCCAGAAAUUGGGCCAAAAUGGCACUGCGUGAUUUGCAAAAGCAGUGCUUUAUGAUUGGCAGAUUGCAGACCCCCAAAGGUCUUUAAAAACAGAAGAAGCAGCAGCGAGACAUUAUUUUUUUGCUUUAUUUCGAUUUAUUUGAUGUGAAUAUGCUGUCUUCGUUGAUGAAAAAAAGUUGGUUUGAAAGUUGGUUGACCAGUUAAACCAGCUCCAUACUCCAUUGGUUUGACCAGCUCAAGCUAUGUUUUCAAACAGCUGGUAGCUGGCAUUUCAAGCUGGUCAUAGCUGGAUUUUACACCAGGGUUUACCUUCUGAUUUAGCAUUUAUGUAGCUACAAAUACUCAUUUAAGCUUGCUUGUACAGAAUGUAGGCCCGUAUUAGUUACAAACGGGGCUAAGCUAAUAGGGCUUGAUGCUAUAGAUAUAGAUAAUCUGCUCUGUGUAGAUGGGGGAGCAUUAAUUAAGCUUGUCUUCUUGGUCCAGCUCUGCAGUGAGACAGGGGUACAGGGAGGGGUCCCAGGCCUCACAAAAACGAAAGCCUUGAUGAAGGAUGUACAUUUUAUUUUCAUAAAUAUUUUUUUAUAAAAGUGUCUUAUAAAAAAAUAUAUCAGUAUGUGUUAAAUAAUGUUUGUGUUGACAAAACAGAAUUAUUUAUCUUUUUUAAUUUUUUCAUUUGAUUUGAUUUUUUUUAUAUAUAUACUCUAUUUCAAAAGUUUUAUCAAUAUUUUUAAAUCGUCCAUUUUUUGUACUAAAUUUAUUUAUGAGCAUAAUUGUAUUUUCCUAAUUUUAUGCAGCAUUUAUGGGGAAUUCUUUCUUGGUUUCAUUCCAUUUAUGUUUCUUUUGAAGUGUGUGAUAUUAUAACCUGAACGUUUUCAGUUUCAUAUUGCUUUUAACGUACGCACCAUGUCUGCAUAUCGAACAAAACAUUUUAUAUGAUUUUGAAACAAGGCACUUUGUUAUUAUGCAUCAGAAAAUAUUUUGUCUUGCAGGACAAAAUAUGUUUAUAAUUAAAACUGAAUAUUACUUUUCA